UGCUCCGGCCACAAAAACACCGGCUCCGAACCACAUCGAUGCGCCAAGGCAAUUCUACCAGGGCGUCGCAGAUCCUCAGCAACCACAGCCAGUCACAGGUCCAAGCAGCCGCGCAAACGAGCCGGCACCAAUGUGACAGAGUUUAGUCUGCAGCUAGGUAACUUUCCGUCGCCAUUGGCGUCGUUUUCCAAGAAUGACAUCUGGAAGACAGACUGCGAGCAGGAGUCCAAGCCUGAGUUCGAUUUUGGUAGCCUGGCCGGGAUCUCUGUGCGCCAGAUUGACAGCUCGGUCCGAGGUCAGCGGUCAGCUGCGAGAAACGACUGUAUCGGCAGGCGCCAGGCAGCCAGCACGCCAUUCCAGCCAUUUGCAUGGUAGCUUUGGCAAUAGCGACCGCCCGUCUUCGCUCGUUCCGCAGUAUAACCGCAGUUCGCGCGAAGAAACAAAGAGCACCUGCGCUUUUACUCACACCCCGUCUGAGGCUGCACCAGUGUCAUUGAGGGGCUAUCAGGCCACCCAUCCAGCAGCUGCCGUUGGCCACAUGGCGGCUGCUGGCCAUGAGUCGCGGGGGAGCGCUUUCGAUGCUACGGUCGGCGCAAUGCCAUGCUCGAUUGAAGUGCCGGCUGCAGCGUCGGGCUGCGAUUCUGAGGCCCCUCCCCCGCAGCGGCAGAGCAGCCUCAUGUUCACAGCCGCUUGACGUCAAGGCAGUGAGCAAGCUGAUUGACGCGGCCAACGACGAGGAAAGGCUGGUAGAGGAGGGGGUUUUGGUGGAACUGCCCGUGAAGCCGCAAAAGAAACUGCUCAAGAGUCUGCGCAAGAUCCGUACGCUGCGCAAGAGCGUGCCUUCGUUUCGGCCACAAGCGCUACAAGAUUGCGUCCAAAACUACCAAGCCAUCGCAGAUAUUACCCAAGACGCCCGAUUGCGCAGAGGGAGCCUGAUG